AUGGCUUCCAUGGCUUCUGUUCACGAUGGUGCACGUGAUAAGUUGGAUAACUACCUUAAGUCUCUCAAAGGGGAAAUCAAAACGUGGGAAAUACAGAAUGAUGGCAAAACACUUAGCUGGAAUAUUAUAGAGGCCAAGAAUCCCAAUAUGGCGAGGAAAUACAAGAAGUAUGCCAAACUAAAGAGGUUAUUAAAGAAGUCUGAUAGUGGUGAUGUUGAUCUUGAAGCUGUGUUUCAUAAAUGGGGUGAAAGUUAUAAAAGUGAGAAGCGUGAGAAGGGUCAUAAGCAUAGACAUGGGCAGAAGCAGAAGCAGAAGCAGAAGCAUAGUAGAGGGGUUCCUAUGACUCCCACGAGGCAAAUAAAGUCCAUAGAGAAGGAGGAGAAGGUUGAAUUGACUGAGGAUGUUGAAGAUGAUCCCAUAAAGGGUGCCGGUGAUAGUGAAAUUGACGAAUUAGGACCUACGCCACAGCUUAAUGGGCGUGUUCUUGGUAUAUUUGAUAUCCAAUUGAGACAGCAACAAUCUCCAGUGGAUGAUUCACCGACGAAAAAGGUCACCGUGAUGUCUCCGAAGGCUGAAAGUGGUAUUUCAUCAUCAUUUAAAACACCUACAAAGAUAGAAAAGCCGUCGAUGUUUAGAACGCCUAUCAAUUCCUGUCGAAAACGACUUCAAUUUGAGGCAAAGAUGGAUGAAACGCCGCAAUAUCUUCGGGAGGUGGCCCAAAAAGUGUCUAUAUUAGACUAUGAUGGAAUAUUAUCCGAUCUUAGUGACUUUAGUGACGUAGAAAGUGAUUCAGACUUGAGUGAUGAUUCAAAUGUUAAUUCGAUGAAGUAUGAUUCAUCAGAAAAUCCUCAUGUGUCACCUGCAACACAGCGACUGAUAGAGCCGAGUCCAAUUAUUCGAAAGCAUUAUAAAAAAUCGUUGUACGCUAUGAAUGAAGAGUUGAAAGGACUUAAAAACAGUCUGGAGAAGUGGCGAGAGGAGAGUAUACAAGAGGAUUCUGGAUUUGGCGGAGAAUUAGAGCCGAAGAAGGAAGAAAUAUUGGAAGAAGUUGUUGUUCCCGUAGAUCGUAUUGCCAAGUACCGUAAUAAGGUAAAGACCAUCAAGAGGACCACCAGAAGAGUUAAAAUGAAGACUCAGGGACCGGAGAAUGUUGAGGAUGAACUUGAAGGUGAAGAUCUUCAGCAAAAGAUGAAAGAAUUGGCAAAUGCCGGAAACAGAGUAAAAGAGAAGGAAGUGGAGCAAGAAGACAACGACGAGAAAGACGAAGACGAAGAGAAUACUCCUCAAGAAGUUUACGUGAGGAAGAGAAUUAGAACACCUCCAAAGAAACGCAAAGUGAAUCCACUUUCGACGAACUUUGUUCGACUCAAAAUCAACCAGCAUCACGGAGGAUGGAAGAGGAGAAGACAGUAA